CACCGCUUAAAGGUGGCCAUGCCAGAAGCUUCCAAUCGGAUGGCAACGCCAACGCUAAUAAAGCUACUGUCAAAGUUGCCCAAAGCUAAAUCCGAAAUACAUACAUACAGCGAAAGCAGAAGCAAAAGUCAAGCUGCUGGUGCUGCCCACCAGUGGGCUCUAAAAAUCCCAUUUAAGAGGCAUCUACUGCAUAUUCAUAUGCAAAAGCCAGUCAACAUGUCUACAGGAGCAGCAGCAGUAUCAACUGUCUCAGCAGCGUCUUGCGGACUGGGCAAGCAGCAGCGUCGUCGUUUGGCUGCCUUCGAUUUUGAUCAUACAAUUGUAUCCCAGAAUACGGACACAGUGGUGCGCGAUAUGCUACCCAAUGAAUUGAUAAGCUCAAAAGCACUCACCGAUCUAAUGGAAAGCGAAUGCUGGACAGAGUAUAUGGCUGAGAUAUUUCGUUUGUUGCAUGCGCAACAAGUCCAGGAGUCGCGCAUUCGUGACGUUAUACGCUGUAUACCGGAGGUACCUGGAUUUGUGCGUCUGAUAAAGCACUUGCAGAAGCGUCUCAACUUCGAUUUGAUCAUCAUUAGCGAUUCAAAUAGUGUUUUCAUUGAUGAGUGGCUGCGCGCCCACAAUUUGUCUGAUUGCUUCAAGGCCAUCUUUACAAAUCCCGCUCAUUUUGAUGAGCACGGCCAGCUUCAAGUACGUCCGCAUCAUCAGCAAACGGAUUGCAAGUUGAGCGCCAGCAAUUUGUGCAAGGGCCGUGUUUUGGAGCAUUUUGUAAUUGAGCAGGAUCUGCGUUUUAAUAUACGAUACGAUCAUGUAUUUUACGUCGGCGACGGCAACAACGAUAUUUGUCCUGUUUUGAGGCAGCGCGCCUGCGACUUUGCCUGCGCCCGCCAGGGCUUUGCCAUGGAGAGACAUUUGAUUAAAAAUCGCAACAAAUUGAAGUUGCGAGCCCAGUUGCUCAUCUGGCGAAAUGGUUUCGAUCUGCUCGAGCAGAUGUGCGCAUUGCCCCAGCUUCAAGGACAGUCAAUUGAAUCUCAUCCAUUGGAAACUGAGAUCGGCAGACGUGCAUCAGCUGCAGCACCAGCUGCUCCUCCUGCUCCGCCGGAACAGUAAACAUUUCUUUGGCAUAAACAAUACAUACAUGUAUACAACAAAUAAUCCAUAUAUAUGUAUGUGUAAACAUACAUACAUAUAUAUAUAUUGAUAUAGAUACGCGGGUGGUCAAAAUAAUCGAACAAAAUCAGCUAUAAUUAUGACAAUUUCUUCGGACUACCCUCGUAUUGAAUCUAUAUAUAUGUAUGUAUGUGUAUUGGUUGAUCUUUGCCAUCAUUAAUUCUAUGUUGUGAUCAAUGUUUAUAUAUAUAUAUGUAUGAUAUAUAUAUUUAUAUGUAACUAUUUGUAGUUUAAUGCACUUGAAUGUAAAUGUAAAAGUUUUUUGUAAUGUAUUUUUGUGCUCGCAGCGAUUUGCUUUAAUUGUUGUAUGUUGUAAUUAAUAUGAAAGAUAUAUAUAUAUAUAUA